UUUUCCAACACAAUAAAAAUCGCUCUCAUUUUCCUUUCUCUUCGCAAUUCCGUUUUUCCCAGCGAGAUUUUCUUUCGUAUCUACAAAUCAAGGUGAGCUGCGCCUGAUUGAUUUGCUGUAAAUUUGGAAAUUUUGCUUUCUGAGUCUCAGUUGUUCCAUAAAAGUUCAACUGCAUCCUCUACCGCGCUUGGCUAUCCAAAAAUUGCAGGGAAUGCAGAAAGAUGUGCUUGAAAGCUGAGAACUAUUCUAUUGACAUUAUUGAGCUUGUCGCUCCAUUUGGGCUGACUUCUUUUAUCUAUGAUGAGCUUGGAGGUUUAAUUCACGGCACAUAUCAGUCCUGUGCGCAAAUACACAAUGCUGCAAGGAAUUCAAGGGAACAUGUCUUUUCAAAACACGAUGUCUGUGAAGACGGUUGAGGAUCUGCGUUUGUUUUAAUAGAUACGGUAUCUUACACUAUUACCAUCUGGUAAAGUAGAGAUACGGUAUCAUAUACUGUAGCAUCAGGUAAAGUAGCUUAUAUUUGUAUAAGAAUUAUAGCUUCAAAAUGGAAAGCAAAGGAAGUGUUUUGAUGCAACGGUAUGAAUUGGGGAGACAUUUAGGCCAAGGAACCUUUGCCAAAGUUCACUAUGCAAGGAACCUGAAAACUGGCACGGGUGUAGCCAUUAAAAUAGUCGAUAAAGAGAAGGUCUUGAAGGUUGGGAUGAUUGAUCAAAUUAAACGAGAGAUUUCUGUAAUGAGGCUGAUUAGACAUCCCAACGUGGUGGAGCUUUAUGAGGUAAUGGCCAGCAAAACCAAGAUUUACUUUGUCAUGGAAUAUGCUAAAGGAGGCGAGCUCUUCAACAAGGUUGCUAGAGGAAAGCUGAAGGAGGAUGUUGCAAGAAAGUAUUUUCAGCAGCUGAUUAGUGCUGUUGAUUACUGCCACAGUAGAGGCGUGUGCCAUCGAGAUCUGAAACCAGAAAACCUGCUUUUGGAUGAGAAUGGGAAUCUAAAGGUUUCAGAUUUUGGGCUAAGUGCACUUGCUGAAUCUAAGCGUCAAGAUGGAUUGCUCCAUACAACAUGUGGGACUCCUGCAUAUGUUGCUCCUGAAGUAAUCAACAGAAAAGGCUAUGAUGGUGCGAAAGCUGAUAUAUGGUCGUGUGGUGUGAUUUUAUUUGUUUUACUGGCCGGAUACCUCCCAUUCCGUGACUCAAAUCUAAUGGAGAUGUACAGGAAGAUUGGUAAAGGUGAAUUCAAGAUGCCCAACUGGUUUGCACCAGAAGUGCGGAAGUUGGUGUCGAAGAUGUUGGAUCCAAAUCCGAGAACCCGGAUAUCCAUGGAGAAAAUAAUGGGGAAUUCCUGGUUCCGUAAGGGGUUGGAUACCAAACCCAUAAUUUUCGAAAAAGAAGAUGCAGAACCAGCCCCUUUGGAUGCUGAUGCAGUCUUUGGACGUUUAGAAGAUCUUAGCUCCAUGACCGACUCAAAGCAAGAACUAUCAAAGCCUUGCUGUAACUUGAACGCAUUUGAUAUCAUCUCCUAUUCUGCAGGCUUUGAUUUGUCUGGUUUGUUUGAGGAAACUGAGCGGAAAAAGGAAGUGCGAUUUACUUCCAACAAAUCUGCUUUUACCAUCAUCUCAAAGCUGGAAGACAUCGCCAAGCGUCUGAGACUGAAAAUAAAGAAAAGAGAUGGAGGAUUGUUGAAGUUAGAAGGGUCCAAGGAGGGUCGUAAAGGAAUCGUGGGCGUUGAUGCGGAGAUAUUUGAGAUCACCCCUCUUUUCCAUAUGGUGGAAAUGAAGAAGUCAAAUGGCGAUACGUUGGAGUAUCAGAAGCUGAUGAAGCAAGACAUAAGACCAGCUCUCAAGGACAUCAUUUGGACUUGGGAAGGGGAGCAACAGCAGCAGCAGCAACAGCCGCCCCAAAUUGCAGUGCAAGAGCAAGAACAAGUGCAAGAGUAGCAACAACGGCAGCUGACUCACCAUGUGCUCCCGAUGCAGGUAGUCAUACCGCAGGAGUCGUAGGCCAAAGUUUUGUGUGUUCUCUGUUUUUCAUUGUUGGGUCAAGGUGGACUUACGAAUAUUAUUUUUUACUAUUCAAUCUUUCUGUGCCUUAAUUGAUUUCGAACUAAAAGCAAAGAUUUCAACUUGCUGACUUGUAUGGAGAAAUGUCGGAAGAUGUAAGCUUUGAAAUGUUUUCGAGUGACAAUCUUUUCUAGUUGUUUUAAUUUUUAUUCCUUUAUUUUGAAAUAGCAAUUAUUUUAGUCGCAGCAUAUAUCAAUCUCAUCAAGUGUGUGAGGAUUAUAAUAGGAACGUCAUUCUUGG